CUUUCAGCAAGCAGGUGAAGCAAACAGUGAAGCAGAUCUGCGACUUCCUGAAGGAGGACUGCUUCGAGACCGACAUCCACGUCCACAAGACCGUCAAGGUGAGCACUGCCAGCUGGGGGACCACCCUGCGGAACAACUCCGACGCCGACGUGGUGCUUUUCCUCAGCUGUUUCUCCAGCUACCAGGAGCAGAAGCAGGAGAGAAAGCGUAUCCUGGAUUUGAUCGAGAGGAGGCUGCACACCUGCAGGCAGAGCCUGACGUUCACCGUGAACAUCAGCGAGCCUCGGUACAAGGGUCCUGGCAACACACCUCGCUCCCUCAGCCUCACCCUCUGCUCCAAGGAGACCUUGGAGUCCAUUGAGGUGGACAUCUUGCCAGCCUACGAUGCCUUGGGGCAGGUGAGCCAGGUUGCCCCGCCAGACGCGGGGGUGUAUGUGGGGCUCCUGAAUGCCAGCAGUGACCCCGGGGAGUUCUCCCCCUGCUUCACCGAGCUUCAGAAGAAGUUUGUGAAGCGUUACCCUGCCAAACUGAAGAACCUCCUGCGCCUGGUCAAGCACUGGUACAAGGAGCACCCCACCGCAGACCUGCCCCCCAAGUACGCCCUGGAGCUGCUGACAAUCUACGCCUGGGAGGAGGGCACGGGCUCCCGCGAGUCCUUCGUCACAGCUGAGGGCUUCCGUACAGUGCUGGAGCUGCUGUGCCGGCACCGGGACAUCUGCAUCUACUGGGAGACGUACUACUCGCUCCAGCACAGCCAGAUCGGUGCCCACGUGAAGAGGCUGCUCUGCGUCAGUGCCGCCCGGCCCUGGGACGUGCAGCCGGCCCGGCCCGUGACGAUUGAGGUGAGGCAGCUGUCGGGCACCAGCCUGAGCAGGACCGUCAGCCCGGCCAUCACCGUCUCGCAGCUGAAAGAGGAGAUUCAGCAGGCAUGGGACAUUCCCCAGUACAGGCAGCGCCUGGCACUGCAGGAGCCGAGCAGGAGCACCCUCAUCCUGCAGGACAACGAGACCCUGGCCACCCACGGCAUCUUCUACAGCACCACGCUGAUGCUGCUGCAGACUGAGCCCCAGGUGAUGGAGGUCUUCGUGAAGGACGACAAGAACCGGACCACCACCUACACGGUGCGGCCCACCGACACCGUCUGGCAGCUGAAGGAGCAGAUCCACGCCCGGCAGGGGCCUCCCGCCAACCAGCAGCGCCUGACGUACGGCUCCCCGGAGCCGGGGGGCAGCCACGUGCGGGCCCACUACAACAUCCAGCCGAGGAGCACCAUCUUCAUGCUCCUGCGGCUCCGGGGGGGCACAGGCCCCCGGCACCUGCAGUCCCCUGCCGGCUCCCCCUCCUGA